AACAGAUGUUUUUCACUUGCCGAAUGUAAGAAAAUAAAGUUGACCUGAGAUUCAAGUGUUUUGCAAAUAAUUAAAUUUAAUUAAUAAAAAAGGGAGAACCCACAUCGAGAAACACCGGAUAUAUUAUAUAACAAUAUGAAUAAGCACCUUUUUAAAAAAUACGGAGCGCAAAACCCAAGCACGUCGGCGGCGGCAAUCCCGAUAAAAAAGGCAAAAUAUACGACCGAGAAUAAAAUGCUGUUACAAAACAGCUCAAGACGCGUCAGUUUGACCAGUGAAUGCACCAUAGAAUCGCGGAGAAUAAGUGUAUCAACAUCGGCCAUAGAGGCAAAUGGAGACACUGCCAAAAUGCCGUUUAAGGAAUUGACACCAGAAGACACGGUUAGAAGCGCACUUAAAUUUGAAAAGGCAAAGUAUUUCAAAAAAGCAUAUAGACAAAAGAAGAAAAAUGUUGAAAAUUAAAUUUUAAGUUUAUCAAAUUUAUGAAUUGUCUUUUUUUGUUUUUUGUUCUUUUAUUGAUCUCAAUAUUAACUUUAAGGCUCACGAAACCCAAUUACAAAUGAAAAUGAAUUUAAAUAAAUAAUAUAAAAACAACUUUUUAAUAUACAACGCUUUUAUAA